AUGUAUGUUACUUUGUCAAUCUCAGCACAAUUGCUCUACCACUGUAAACACACAAUGGAGAAGAUUAGAGAGAAGUUAUCCGCAUUGAAGAUUGAGGCUGAGUCCUGGCAGGAGAAGUACGAAGAAUUGAAAGAGAUAAACAAGCAAUUGGAACAAACUGCUACAGACAACGAAAAUGAGAUCAAGGCUCUCACCGUGAAGAACCAACAAUUGGAAAGCCAAGUGGAUAAAUUGGAAGAUGAUGUGGAUGGUGGUAAGCAUAUGGAACAAGAUAAGUUGGAUUUGGAAAAUCAAGUGAAAUCAUUGACUGUGAAGAAUCAACAAUUGGAAGAUGAAGUGGAAAAAUUGGAAUCUGAAUUGGAAGAAUGUAAACGUUUGAAUGAAGAGGAUUCCAAUUUGAAAUCUAAUAAUGAAAACUUCACCAAGAAGAUUGACCAAUUGGAGGAGGAAUUAGAGGAAAGUAAUACCAAAUUGCAAGAGACUAAAGAAAGUUUGAAUAAUGCUGAAUUGAAAGCGGAGGAAUUGGAAAGAAAACUCAAGGCCAUUGAGGAAGAAAAGGAUGAUUGGGAAAGAAGAAAUGAAGAGUUGGCCACCAAAUAUAAUGACGCUCAAAAGGAAUUGGACGAAAUCGCUGCCUCCUUGGAAAACAUAUAG